GAUUUUGCCACGUUGGUGUAUCUGCCAUUCAAUCCCUGCGAACUGAAAGCAGGUCUCAAUCGUCGCGGGUAGUUUCCCAUCCUUCCAGAGAGAGACGUCUCAACAAGGUGCUUGAAAAGCAGAUCUUCUGCACAAAAUUGGUUGGUUCAACUGUAAACCAAGUGAUGACAGCAAUAGCUAAAUCUCCUUCCACACUAUCAAACAUUUUGGUGCAUCGAGUGCAUCCCAAGAGCCUGAAGUUGUUUAAAUCCUCAAGUACAGACUGUAUAGGUGGCUUCCCUAAAAUCCGUACUAAUUAUACUCUUGUUUGCUGCACAAAAUUAACUCCAUGGGAAUCUUCACCUGUUACGUAUGCUCCACCUGAUGAUUCUGCUGGUAGCUUUUUAAAGAAAACCAGUGACAUAUUUGAAACUAUGAAUUCCGAUGACAGAACUGAAGCACCAGUAGCCAACAGCGAAGAGCAUGCAGAUACAAAGAAUCAGCCAUUCAUGAAAUUUCAGUUUCUUAAAUGGCCUAUGUGGCUUCUGGGUCCUUCUCUUCUUCUAACCACGGGCAUGGUUCCCACACUAUGGCUACCGCUAUCUUCUAUAUUUCUAGGACCCAAUAUGGCCAGCCUGCUUUCCUUGAUCGGACUAGAUUGCAUCUUCAAUCUUGGUGCUACCCUUUUUCUUCUCAUGGCUGAUUCUUGUUCUCGGCCGAAAAACUUGGUACAAGCCAGCAAUAGCAAGCCUCCUUUCAGUUACAAGUUGUGGAACAUGGUUGCAUCUAUCUCUGGUUUUAUCUUUCCUCUGAUCUUGCUGUUGGGAUCCCAUAAUGGCACUCUCCAGCCCCAGCUGCCUUUCAUCUCAUUUACAGUUCUAUUGGGUCCCUACCUCCUGCUUCUCUCCGUACAGAUUCUGACUGAGAUGCUAACUUGGCAUUGGCAGUCACCAGUAUGGCUGGUGACCCCCGUUGUAUACGAGGGAUAUCGUGUGUUACAACUGAUGAGGGGGUUGAAGCUUGCAGCUGAGCUCAGUGCACCAACAUGGAUGAUGCAUAUGAUUAGGGGACUUGUAUGUUGGUGGAUCCUGAUUCUUGGUAUUCAAUUAAUGAGAGUUGCUUGGUUUGCUGGUUUCACUGCUCGAACUCACCAACAACACUCUUCUGUUCCUGCUGAUAAUAAAUAAAUUAUUCAUUGUUGCCAAAGGCUAUGGAAGAACAAUGGCCUUGAAGAUUCUGUUAUCAAAUAAUAUAUGUAGAUUAUAAGAUUCCUGCGUAAUCAUUCUAUUUUGUUAAAAUGAA